AAAUAGGCUUACAAAUUAAAGAAGUCAGGUGACUCCAGUGUCCUUUGCCCUACUGGAGUUCCCAUCCAUCUUCUCUGGCUCACGUCGGCGGCGGCACCACAACGACGGCGAUUGUCCAGGAAAUUUGCAAUUUCUUCAGCAUUUGCUGGCAUAUAUUAUGAUGGUUUCUAAAGGAUAACCUUAAAGCUCUUGUCCUGUUUUUGAAAGUUUGAAAGAUAGAAUGACUUCAUGUUGUAUGAUCAAAGGAUGGACAAAAAAAUUGUUAGCUCUGACAUUUCUCUUAUGAAGUCAAACCCGUCAACUUUCAAACCUGGUUUGGGAUCAGAAUUUCUGUCUGAAGAACCCAAAAAACGAAAAGGCACAGAUACAUUUCCUGAUUAUAAGAUACAAAAUAUUGUAUCCCAUUCAGGGCAACUGAAUGAUAUUUAUGGACAUGUACCAUGUACCCAUGCAAAUCUUCCACUUCCUGCAAUCACACCUCCAUUAGUUGCUCCUAAGGGAUUUCCUUUUAACAGUGAAUUUGUUUCUUCGAGACCCGCAUAUGCUCAAUUUCACUCCAGAAGCCACCCAAUUCACAGUUUGACGACUAAUACGUUUGCUUCACUAGUCUCCGAUUCAUAUGAUUCAAGAAGUUCUGCUGAUGUUAUCCCCAAUUGGGUGGAAUCAAGUGACACCAAUUCUUAUACAGGAAAGAAUAGUGGACACUUUAGUCCAUGUGUAAACAGCACUAAUCAAUGUGUGGCUGAUCAGGAAUCAUGUACAACGACUGUUGAAACGCAUAAAAUGGCAAUGGUUAACAACUAUUUUGAUUCAAAUGGAAAAGUUGUUGCCAAGGAUUUCAAAGGAGGACUACUUGAAGGGAAUUACUGUGGUCAAUACACUGAUAUUACUGAUGAGACAAGUGGCAAAAGGAGAAAAUUAAGUAUUGAAGAGCCAACUUCUUCUAAUAUAGGAAAAAUUAACCAUGGUUCUCACCCAAAUCUUAAGAAUCGCAUUGCACAUAGUCGGCACCUUUUAGAUAUUAGCGAUGAAAGACAAAAUCAAAAAGUAGUGAAUCACUUACUCAAACCUUCUGAAUGUGAAAAGACAUGGUUAAGUAGUGAAAAAUCAAAAAAGUCCGUUGAUUUUCAGGAUGAAAUUAGAGUAUCAGAGGUUACUACUGAUUCAAAACAUGAGGAUGAAAACCAUACCCUUGAUAGUCAAAAAUCUAUUGUUGAGCUUUCUGAUGGUCUGGCUUCUAAUAAUUCAGAUGAACUCAAAUCAGUUGAUGGGAAGAUAUCCUCAGUUUCUACUGAAAAGCUAUGGGAUGGGUCACUUCAGCUAAACAAUUCUACAACUGUGUCUGCAGUUGCCUUCUUUAAAAGUGGCGAGAAGGCUCAAGAUAUAAAGUGGUCUGAUCUCAUUGAAAUUAAAGGAAAAGUUAGACUACAUGCAUUUGAAAAAUUCAUUCAGGAACUUCCUCGUUCUCGAACACGUGCUUUAAUGGUGAUUUCCCUUUGCUGGAAAACUGGGUCAUCCCUGUCUGGGCUGAAAGGUAUGGAGGAGAUAGCCAACGAUUAUAAAGAGAGUAAGAGGGUAGGGUUUGCACAGAUCUGUCCUGGCAUCGAUCUUUAUGUUUGCCCUCGAAGCGAUACCAUAAUAACUAUACUUGCUAAAUUUGGCUUCUUCAAAGGAAUGAAUGCAGUUGUAGAAGUUCCAAAUUCUUUAAUUGGUUGUGUUGUUUGGCGCAGAGGUUGUCAAACCUCGACCUCCACUAUUAAAGCAUUGGAUAGGAAAUUGACAUCUUUAGUGCAAAAGCAACCUCACUCUUCUGAAGAGAUUUCAACAAAUGAUGGGUCAGAUAAGCAGAAUGGAAAUAGUAAGCAAGCUCCACUAAGCGCAACAGAAGCUGAUGGCAUGCCACUCCAUUACUUAUCUGAAGUUAAGUAUAGUAACAUUGACAUUGCAAGUCAUACGAGUACCAAAAACAAGCUUGAUGACUCUGGAGUAGAGUUAUCUAAUAGUCUUAAAACAACUAGUAAUGGUCAGAUUGCAGCAACGCUACCAUAUAACUCUCCUAUUGCUCCAGUUCAAAUCUCUCCACAGAAUGUUGAAAUGAUGCCAAAGGGAAGCUUGAGGAACCCUCUGUUACAUGCUGCAGAAGCAAAAAGUGUUCCUGAUUCAGAACCAGUACGGCAGGUUCCUAUGCAACCAACUCAAGUGAUCACAGAAAAUCACCAGAGAAAUACUAUUUGCGAUGAAAACCUGAAUGCCCUCAGUAGCUUUCUUGAUCAUUUUAUACAAUCAACUGCACCAAUACCUCCUCUUCAACCACAAACAGCUCAGAGGCCUUGCACAAGCUCUCGAGAGAAUCUAAUGGAAACUGUUUCAAAACCAGAAAGAUGUAUGAUGCAUAUCAAAGGGUCCAACAACCCGGCAACGAGGCCUACAAUGACACAAACCACUCUUCUUGGAUCAGCUUCCUUGCCUUCAGAUCUCUCUGAAAGAAUCAUCCAAUCAACUAGUUCCGUCACUAAGGAAACUAAUGUAGGUUUCAGCAGCUCUGAAAUUCCUUCUGAAUUUGUUUCUGAACCAAGAAAGUCAUCCUUGGGUAACGAGUCAAGUUAUGUUCCGCCUGGACCACCUCUUUUGCCUUUGCCUGGACCACGUCCACUAGCACUUGGUCCACCACAAUCACUGACACAAGCUCCAAAUGUCUCUGCUAGCUCCGUUGACGUUGAUGAUCUACCAGAGUUUGACUUUAGUUCAGCAUGUGCUGGCCUUGAUAAGCCUGUAAACAGGUUUUCAUGGUUCACAAAUUGCAACUCAGAUGCUGUUCCAUUUACUAAGCAAUCCCCAAGGGAUUUGGGCAAGACCCCCACUCUUCUUGGAUCGACUACAAUGCAGUCAGUUGAAGUUAUUCAGAAACGGCAGCUUGCAACUUUCCCAGACAACAUGAUAAAAAAUUAUCAAGGAAGUCCUAUUGAAACAAACUUGCAAAAGCCUAUUUUGGAUAACAAGGUUGUGAUGAAGUCGUCACUAUCGCAUGGCCAACUGUGUUCCCAUGCUCAUAAUUCAUCAGUGGGUUCAAUAUCCAAUAGCAUUUUUUCAAGAAGACAUCGCUGGGAUGAAAGCGAUGAUGACAUGCCUGAGUGGUAUCCCCCAGAUCAGGUACAAGUUGAUCAAACUCAAACGACUGCCACCAUCAAUCUGCCCUCCCCUGUGAAUAACUGGAAGUCAGAGUUCUCGAGGCAUCGCCCAUUGAUUGCUUCUCCAUCCCCAACAUCUUUAGGUUCUCCAAGAGGCCCGAUUCUUCCUCAUAGUCACCUGAGUGGAUCACGACCUCCUUCCAGUCUUAGCCAUGAUCCUGUUGCACCAUUGCAUUCAAGAGCAACUCUUGGUUUCAAUCAUUCCAUUCAAAGGUCUCCCUUAGCACAAAAUGCAACUAUUUUAUCCAGCUAUCAGACUAGCACAAGUGACAAGGGAGCAACAAAUACUACUCCUUGGUUUAGAAAUACUCGACUUUAGUCUUCAAAUCAGAUUUGUUAUCAGAAAGACUCCAGAGUUGAGCAUCAUAAGAAUUUUGCAUGCAUAUGUAGCCUCAACUACAACUUCGCAUGAAAAGCAAACCAGACAAGCACUGAAAAGAGAUUCACAAGUAUAUGUAGCUGAUUAAAAUUGAGGUUCUAACUUGUGCAGAUGUGUGUUGUGCUUAAAACCUUAGUAAAUGUCUUUAGAUGUUAUGCCAGGGAUCUCUUUGAGGAUGAUUUAGUAUGUUUCCUUCGAUGUUAUUUCAGAGGCUCCUUUUGCGCUGCUUCAGUGCAAAAGAAUUGCAUCCAUGGAUUAUGAUUGCAUUGAAAAGAACUCUUUGCAACAAAUUGCAGAUUAGGUUGUUUUAGCAGUGUCCCAUACUUGCAGUACUUUAUAAGCUCUUUAUAUCUAGUAGGUAAGGCAAUUAGUGUACAACUCUGCAAUGCCACUAUGUUAUGGAUAACUAGAACCUUUGAUGUGAUAACUAGCAAGUGGAAAUCUUGUCUUGUGAUGGAACUGAUGACAGGCAUGGCUACAGGAAUAUUGAUUGGAGGAUUCUAAUAUUUGAUCAGUGGUUUGACUACGAACUGUAGGGCAGGCUUAUCUGGUAAAUUAUGGAGCACUCAUAAGGAAAAAAAUGAUGGCAAGCACAUAGGUGUUUAGUUACUGGUGUUCAAUCAUCCCAUUUUCCUUGAGUAUAUUAUCUGUUCCCCAGGUGGUGUUUUAAAGGGUGUAAAUUCGGUACAUUUUAUUAUGAGCAUUUUAUCAAAGAAGUGCCCUUGAUAUUGGUGUUUAUCAAAAUUGAUCUUUAUAAGUUAUU